UAGGGUUUCUUUGUCAGCUAAGACCACAGACCCGAACUCAUAGCAGCGGCGAAUUCGCUUCUCUUGAAUCCCUGCGCAAAUGGCGACCCAGAUGAGUAAGAAGCGAAAGUUUGUGGCGGAUGGGGUGUUCUUCGCGGAGCUGAACGAGGUCCUGACGAGGGAGCUUGCGGAGGAUGGCUAUUCGGGUGUGGAAGUUAGGGUCACGCCCAUGCGUACUGAGAUCAUUAUACGGGCGACGCGCACCCAGAACGUUCUUGGCGAGAAGGGAAGGAGAAUUAGGGAACUGACAUCAGUGGUGCAGAAAAGAUUCAACUUUCCGGAGAAUGGCGUUGAGCUGUACGCCGAGAAGGUGAACAAUAGGGGUCUCUGUGCCAUUGCUCAGGCUGAAUCUCUCCGUUACAAGCUUCUUGGCGGCCUUGCUGUUAGGAGGGCAUGUUAUGGUGUCCUGAGGUUUGUCAUGGAGAGUGGUGCAAAGGGGUGUGAGGUAAUUGUAAGUGGAAAACUUAGGGCUCAGCGAGCUAAGUCGAUGAAAUUCAAGGAUGGUUACAUGAUUUCUUCUGGUCAGCCGGUCAAUGAAUAUAUUGACUCAGCAGUGAGGCAUGUGCUCCUAAGACAGGGUGUUCUUGGAAUCAAGGUAAAAAUUAUGUUGGAUUGGGAUCCAAAGGGAAAGCAAGGUCCUACUACCCCUCUUCCGGAUCUCGUCACCAUUCAUCCACCAAAGGAUGAAGAAGAAUACGUUAGGCCAGCACCACCAGUGGCUCCAGAGAUUGCCGCCGUAUGACCUCAUGGGUGGGGUUGGGGGGGUGUUGCUGAGUUGAAUUUCCUUGUUUUCCUUUCAAAAAAGAGUUAAUCAACUUAGGUCUAUUUUGCGGUGUCCAAACUCGCUUUAUGAUGGUAUCUUCCAGAUUAAUAUUGUUUGUAAUGGUUGAAUUGCACCAUCCCUUUUGUUUCUGUUUCAUUGGGCUAGAAAAUGAUUUGGAAUUAUUUAUUUGGAGGAAAAAUGGACUGACUUCAACAUAGUUGUUUUAAGUUUCCUUGUAUUA